AACCAUCGAGGCGCGCUGUUCAAAACCUCGAGGAUGACACAGUUCUUACCACCUAAUUUGUUGGCGCUUUUCGCACCACGAGAUCCAAUCCCUUUCCUCCCACCAAUAGAGAAACAUGCAAAUCAUAGGAAAUUACCAUAUACCGGUGUAGCUCAAUUCUUGGGAGAGUUUGAAGAUGCGUCUGAAACUCCGGCCCCAGUGCGCAUAGAAACUCGUGAGGAACGUAAGGAAAGAAAACGUCGAGAGAAACAAGAGCAAGCCAAUUAUAAACUUGAACAAGAUCUCGCAUUAUGGAAUCCUAAGAAAAAUCCGAAGGCUACUUCUAAUCCUUACAACACGAUGUUCGUAGCCAGACUUAACUAUGACACCACAGAAUCCAAACUAAAGCGGGAACUUGAUGUCUUCGGGAGGAUUAACAACAUUGUAAUGGUAAAGAAUGUUAUAACGGGGAAGCCUCGUGGAUAUUGUUUUGUGGAGUUUGAACAUGAACGUGAUAUGCAUGCCGCCGUCAAAGCCCUAAAUGGCAGAAAAAUCGAUGGUGUCCGCGUUGUGACAGACGUUGAGCGGGGAAGGACUCGUCCUGAUUGGAGGCCUAGGCGUUUAGGCAAGGGCUUAGGUAAGAAUCGCCAAGGACCAACUGACAAGCCUCAUCGCAGACAUGAAAAUGGACGUGAUCCCAGUCAUGAUCGCAGUUUCGGUCGACCUAUCUCAAGUGCACAUGUUCGUGAUCGCGACAAAGAAUACAGACGAAGGCGCAGUCGAUCUCGGAGUAAAUCAAAAGAACGUGAUCGACGCGGUCGUAGCCGUGAGUUCAAUGUUUUUGAAAGUUAACUGAUCUUAACCACAUACACGUACACAAUGCUAAACUAUGCUAAACUUUUUUAGGGAGUCGAGACCGACAUCGAAAACGCCGGAGUCCAGAUGAGCGGGAUCGUGAUCAUAAGCGCCGUGACCGCCGUCGAGAUGAUAUGAUUCGGCAGUAUGGAGAGUAUGGUGCUGAAAUUAGGGCGGAAUACAAUGGAGAUGCAUAAAACGCCUUUUCGAGUCAUCCUGUAUUAAUACAAAAUUCACUUGUGUGCAAAAAUUAUAUAUUUUAAGAAAGCUGUACAUUAAAAAUGAAUGUCAAUAAACUUGUCGAAAAUAUU